AUGAAAACUGGGUUUAUAUCUAGUCUUUUAAGUGAAUCAGGAUACUCGCUCUUUACAAAACACAUUGAGGUACAUUCCGUAUUUAGAGUCAUCAAGAUGGCAGGGAAGAAAGGUGGAUAUUAUGCUGUGCAAAAGGGCAGAAAUACUGGUGUGUACUCAAGUUGGGAGGAGUGCAAGGCACAGGUCAGUGGUUUUUCGGGAGCAUGUUACAAACGAUUCGACACCUUAGCUGAAUCACAGGCAUUUGCCUCUAACAAUUCUGGUUAUUCAGGUUAUUCCGGUUAUUCUCGCGGUUCUAGUGAUUCAGGCAAUUCAGAAAACUAUAAUGAUUCUUCGACUUCGAUAGAAUAUUCCAGACCAACACGUCACCACAACCCGAGCUAUAGUUUUAACUAUCCUACCUUUGAUAGUUAUUAUUCAUCUGUUUCUCCAUCUUAUACUAAAUUCGUGAGCAAGUCCACACCAAAGAUUAAUGCAAAUUCAAAAACAAAGAACUACUAUUCGGUAAGGAGUAGUAGUAAAGAGUCUUCCAGCCAGAUUUUCGACAAUUGGAAUGACUGUCAGCAAUAUGUUAAAGGCAGAAAAGGUAUAUCCUUUAAAAAAUUUGAUAAUCAGGAAGACGCCAUUAACUUUAUGAAUGGCUCUUCAAAUCCGGAUGUUAACUAUCGGUAUAUUGGAGUCUCUGCAGAACAGUUCGGUUCUCAAUACAAGAUCCCGAAAAAAUCUGUAAAAUAUGAUAAAAUAUCUACAGUUUACUGCGAUGGAUCGGCGCUGGCUAACGGUACCUCAAGUUCCCGCGCUGGGUACGGUGUCUAUUUCAAAGAUGAAGAAGGCUACAACAUAUCAGAACCGUUACGACAAGGGACCCAGACUAAUAAUAGAGCUGAACUACAAGCUGUUUCAAGCUGUUUGGAUACCAUCUGGGAAAACUUGACGGAAAGAGAGGACAAAAGAAACUAUGAAAUCAAAACAGAUUCUGAAUAUGUUGCUAAAUUACUAAACGAUAGAUACACAUCUUUAACGCCGUCAGAACAGUCAUCCAUGCCGAACAGAGAUAUUGCUCUCGAUUUAAUCAAGAAAUUUGCCAAGGUGAAGGAGUUUUAUGAAAUAAAUAAAGAUCAAUUUGAAAACAAGGGAGAGUUCAAGAUCCAGUGGGUCAAGGGGCAUGCUGGUGAAGAAGGCAAUGAAAAAGCUGAUCAGUUGGCAAGAGCAGGUGCGCUCAAGCUUUAG